AACGAAAGAGGCUGAAGUGAAUGGAUUUCAUGAUAUGGAAUUCAGUUGCAGCAAAGUUGAGUGAGUAUGGUAGAUCUGUAAAAUAUUUAUCAUUAAUUUAAUGUUAAAAAUGAGUUAAUAAGAACUUUUUAUGAUACAUUUCUAGUUUAAAUCACAAAUGAAUUGAUUAAAGAAUGUUUAUUUUGUGCAUUAGUGUACGGUGGCCUUGAAGUGCAAAACACAACAUUUUUCAAAUGAAAUUUUGUUGUUGUGUUUUGGGAAAUGUUUUAGUGUUUUCGAAAUGUUUUUGUGUUUUGCUAAAUGUUUUUGUGUUUUCUGAAAUAUUGUUGUGUUUUCAAAAUGUUUUUGUGUUUGCAAAAUGUUUUUGUGAUUUCAAAAAUGUUUUUGUGUUUUCUAAAUGUUGUGUUUUGGGAAAUGUUUUUGUGUUUUCAAAAAUGUUGUGUUUUCAAAAUGUCUUUGUGUUUAGCAAAAUGUUUUUGUGAUUUGUGAAAUGUUUUGUGUUUUGGAAAUGUGUUUUGUGAAAUUUCGUCGUGUUUUGUGAAAUGUUGUGUUUUGCAAAAUGUUUUUGUGUUGUCGAAAUGUUUUUGUGUUUUCUGAAAUAUUGUUGUGUUUUCAAAAUGUUUUUUGUGUUUAGCAAAAUGUUUUUGUGCUUUCGAAAUGUUGUAUUUUGCGAAAAGUUGUAUUUUCAAAAUGUCUGUGUUUUGCGAAAGGUUUUGUGUUUUGGAAAUGUCGUCGUGUUUUGUGAAAUGUUGUUGUGUUUUGCACUUCAGGGCCACCGUAUUAGUGUGAUAUAUUUGUGGUUUUCUUUGAUUUGAUGAUGUGCAGUUUAAUCAGGCACCUGAACAAAUAAUACGCAGUAAUCAGAAACUAGGAUACGAGUACUUAUCAUGCGUAGAUGAAUAUGAAUGACCAGAUUCCUUCGUGUGCAUGCAAAGACUUCAUCCCCAGUAAAAUCAAAACUGGGAUGAGAUUCAUAACUGCAAGUCUGUGUAAACACACUGCAGAUGCAAGAUUCAGAGAAAUAUUUAAUAACUGAACAAAAACACUUACGGGAUCUGGAGACAGCUGCAGUCGGAGAAAGAAACCGAUCCAGAGACAAAAAAACAAAGAUGGUGUCUGAAGCAUGGAGGGAAACAGAGGAGUUAGUGAGUAUAAUUAACAACAGGUGUGACGAGUCCAGGCUGAUUAGCAGGAAAACAGGUGAAAUUAAUAUCAAAGUUGGAGACCCUAAUGAAUCAUUUAUCUGCUUAUACACUGAGGUGGCUGUAAGAAUGAUUCUGGUCUGAAUGGCUCAUUAUUUUGUUGUUCACACUUUUGACACUAAUUGUUUUAGUUUUGUGGAUACUAAGGUGAAAGUUUUGCACAAUGAGGUGCUGAGAGAUGUAUCAACACCUCAGAUUUUCACAGUUAACGUUGAACGAUUUAAAGCUCUCCUCUACCAGUAUGAAAUAGUUUCAUCCUGAGUGUCAGAUCUGAACGCCUGUUGGAGCACGGAGUGGACACCAGGAUUUGGAAAAGUGGGUUAGUGCUGGGCCCGCUGAUGUAUUGAUCUGUUGUCUGCAGCUCUCAGAGGGGCACUCAACACAGCCUGCAUCCAGGGAAUAUCAAAUGGCAACACAGCAAACCACACAAUACGCUGAACCCGGAUUGUAAAUUCUAACUCUGAUUAGCAAAGCUUUAAUUUAAUCUGAUCCUCUGUGGUGUAAAACAUGUUUCACAGCUGCCAGAAAGGAUCCUUUUCCUCAAGAAUCAAUGAAAUCCCUCGGCUGAAGUUGGUUAAAUCAGCUUGUUUGCUUCGUCUGAACCAGAAAGCAGAUAUUAACGUUCAAAAAAAAAAGCCAAAUAUUUUCAAACAUCUUUGUGCUAAACCAUUUUCAGCUCACAUACUUUCACUUUGACUGUGACUCUUUUCACUGAAACCUAAACCACCAGAUCACAGGUUCUUCUCCUCAUUUACUUUUACAGUUUUUGAUAAUCUUUUAAAUUCUGUAUUCUCAACAACCAUCUUCCUCUCCUAAGUCCGAAUUAAAAUAAGUUCAGUGACAACAGGAACUUGUUUGGUUUUUUAGUUUAUUGUUAAUGCAGCAGCUCCACCUGCUGGUUAAACCAACAAACUACCAGAUGAGCACUCCUCUUCUCAUCCCCUUAAUAAAUGUGAAUAUUUGGUUGAACAGGUUUUUAUUUUUCGAACGGUCUGGUUCAUAACAAACCUCAGAGUUUUAGUUAUGUUCCUGCAUACUCAAGAAUAAUUUUAACCAUGGAUUUUCAUAAAUAAACAUUAAGCAGAUAGGUAGAGCAACAGCUAUAGGCGUACACACACAAGGCAGUUAUAUUAAAUCAUUUAUACAUAAAACAUUUAAUCAUUCCAUGUCUGUUAUAUUAGUAAUAUUUCUAUUAUAGGGAUAACUAUAAUAACAUGUAGAAAUAACAUAUAUGAAUAUUUAUUUUUAAUAUCAUUUUUUUUUUGAAAGUUUAAAUAUUUUCUUUGAAUUUUAAAGACUUAAUUUUUAAGACAUUUAUUUAGAGGAAUAACCUUUUGAUUCAUGUGAAACCUGACACAUUCAUUACUUUAUUCUCUUGUGAAUCCACUUGGAUUUUUUGCUCUUGUAAAUUCACUUGAAUUCACAACUUUAUUCUCAUGAAUUUACAGGAUAAUUCCUGUAAAUUUACCGUUUAUCCUCAUACAGUUUACAAAUCUGUGGAAAACUUGGAAACAUUCUGUGACUUUGCAAAUUUGUGACUUUAUCUUUGAAGCAUUUCUCAAUGCAAACGUUUCCUGAUGACUAUCAGCGAUGUAAACGGCAGGCAGUGUUCCUGCGGUUUAGACUCGACUUCACUAUCAGUGAGUAAAUAUUUGCUGUGCUCUCGGUCAGGUGAUAAAUCAGGAGAAGCCCUUUUCGCAGAUAUUUAACAGAAAACUAUUCGUUAACUCUCAGAUUUAUUUCCCCAUCAUGCCGUUCAGGCUGUUUGAGAGGCUCGGAGUGUGACAUCAGAGAGGAAGGUGAUACACCUGAACCUGGACCGUCCUCUGACCUCUGACCUGGCAGCAGCUGUUCAUUCACUCAGCUCACGUCUCUCUGAGUGGCUCAGGGAUCAAAAGUUCAUCUGCUUAAUACUACUGUUGCCAUGGAAACUGAAUUAUCCAGUUACCCUAAUUUCUUGGUCCAAAGAAUCAUCAUGAAAAUGCAAAAAAAAAAUUGACUCAUGUCCAGUCAAACCCUCCUUGAACUCCACAGAGAUCCUCUCUGAGUCAAAGUAAACAACAUAAGGAUUCAAAUCCAACAUGUCCGACUCAUCAUUCAAACUUUGACCCGCGAUCAAUAAGAAUCCCCCCACGCACACACACACACACACAUACAUACAGACUCACAAGGACAGAGUUAGAGCUUUUGCAGUCUGCUGGAUCUGGUUCUGAAGGUUCUGCAGUUCUGGAGGUCAGGAUCAUGGUGGAACCAACGUUUAAACCGGCUGCUGUCCUCCUGCUGUUCCUGCUGCACGGCUGUCUGGCAGAACACGGUACAAACACGAAAACAGUUGUAUUUUUUCUGCGUUCGAAGAAGUAAAAUUAGAGGGAGGCUGGAUUUAUACUGAGGGUUCGAGUUCUGAGGGUACAAAUUUACUGUAUAUGUAGUUUAAUGAGUAUUACCACCACGAUGGUCAUUAAAAACUGAAGUUUAAAGUCUAUGAAAAUGUGAAAAUGAUUUUAGUACAUGUGCUGUUUUUACACAGAUGUAAUGACUGAUUUUCAUCUGGAUGAAUUUACUGUACUGUCAUAACCGACUAUGUAUCCUCUGCUCUAGUAUUUCCUUUUUGCUGUCAGAGCAUUUUUCAUUUCUAACUCCACUCAUAGAAGGAUAAUGUUGUAAAAACAUCAUGUACUCGGUCAUAAGAGCUUUGAUUUGAAUUGUUAGUCCUUAUUCAGCUAUUUGAAACAUCAAUAUUAAAGCAUUAUCUUUAGAGUUGAUUAAUCCUCUUUUUCUAAAAUUGAUUUCUUCUCUGUGAAGUUUUUCUCGACAGCCAAAAGGCGGCGCAGGUGUUGGUGAGGAGCCGUCGAGCCAAUCAGCUGUUUGAGGAAGUGAAACCGGGUAAAUGAGAUUUCUCUUAAACCCUUUUAAUCAGACAGGUUAGUCCUACUUUGGCCCCAUUUAGAGUCAAAGAGACCAGAAAGCAGAGGAGGGUUCAGGCAGGGGAUACCUCGGGUUAGCAUGUUGCUAUCAUGGCGACUGAGAGGGGUAGAAUUAAGCUCCGUUAUAUUUUACAAAUCAUCUGGUUAGAUGUUUGUGAUGCCUAAAAACGUUGGAUGUCUUUACUUAAUGAGGGAAAAAUUCUAAGUACGCUUGUCCAUAAAGAGUUUGCUCAAUUGGUGACAUCACAAAUUGGUGAAUCUCCUUAUAAGGCCAUAACAUCCUGCUCCGUUCUUUUUUCAUGUUUCUAUUAAAUAAACACAGAUUAACUUACCCCUCACUUACUGAGAUUAUGAACUAAUGAGCUCAAGUUUUAUGACUUGAUUUUAGGGAAUCUGGAGAGAGAGUGUGUGGAGGAAAUCUGUGACCAUGAAGAAGCGAGAGAAGUGUUUGAACAACCUGAUAAAACAGUAAGACCUUAUUUUGUUGUUGUUUAACUGUAUAUCAGCACAAUUCGACUUAAAGUGGUGCUGAGUUCAUUUACACUCACCUGAACCUUUGCUCCUCUUCAGGAAGUCUUCUGGGGCACAUACACAGGUAAGUUCAGACAGGAAAAAACUGAUCGCUGCCCUGAAACUCAGAAUAAGUUAUUAACAGCAGACGAAUAUGCUUUAUUAAUGAGUGGGUUGGCUGCUCACUCUCGAUGCAUCUGCAGCUUUUUAUGGUUUAUGUGUAACUUUUAUUUUGUCUGAUUCCUUUUCUUUCUGCUUUCGUUCGGAUUCUGUGGAAACAAGUUUAAUUUGUGAAGUUUAUUCAGAUGUGCAAACACGAACAAAGUCCAGAACAGACCGCACACACACAAUCAGAGUACACAAACACCAAACUGUCUGUCUGUCUGUUUGUUUGUACGUCCACCUGGAUCUCAGACUGUAAAGGAAGCGAGCUGCCCAGAAAUCAAGACAACAUAGACUUGGUCCGAAAGUGUAUCCAAGGUGAAAACCAACAUAUUCAGCAUAAACAGUAAUCCCAGUUUCAAAAGAGAAGCAACGUUUAUACAGAACAUGUGUUUGUUUGUGUGUGUCUCUUCAGGUCAGUGUGUUUCAGGCACAGGUGUGAAUUACCUGGGAGACAUCAACAUCACAAUAUCAGGGAGACAGUGUCAGAACUGGAGGCACAGCUUUCCACAUCCCAUAAUAAGGUAUCAAACUAUCAAACAACAAUCUUACCAACUGACCAAUAAACCAGUGUUGGACCAAAAACUCUAAGAGUGACUGAUUUUGAUUGAGUCACUGUUGACGACAGAUUAACCUGCCUGCUCUGUCUGCCUGUAGGGAGUUCAACGCCUCGGAGAUCAGUGAUCUGCAGGAGAACUUCUGUCGGAACCCUGACAAACGUGCAGAAGGUCCCUGGUGUUUCACCACCGACCCUUCAGUCCAGAAAGAGUCCUGCAGGGUUCCCAUAUGUGGCAAGUUCCUGCUACGAAGAUCACCCACAAAAAUCAUAGAAGGAUAAAGAUUCAGAAAAAGGAGGUCUUUACUAAACUCUUUGUCCUUCCCAGGUGAAGCCUUUGUCCAGCCCACUUUGGCCCCUGAACCAGUCAACACUGUGGAAUGUAUGGCCAAUCAUGGUAUCGAUUACACCGGCGACCUGGCUGUUACCCUGGGUGGCCACACCUGUUUGCAGUGGUCCUCACCUGUGGCUGUGGCCCUUAGUCGGGAUAAGGAGUUCAUCCCUGAGGUUUUGCUAACAGGCAACAAGUGUCGUAACCCUGACAACGACCCUGAGGGCCCCUGGUGCUACGUGGAGGUUGCUGGAAACACGACGAUGGACUACUGUGACGUUGAGAUCUGCGGUAAACCCGACAAUAAUUCUACUGCAGAAUUCUGCCCUUUAGUCUCCUCUUACCUGACUGUCCAUACACCUGUCCUUCUGUCCAUACACCUGUCCUUCUGUCCAUACACCUUUCUGUCUCUUAGAUGAGUCCUUAGUAGAAGACACAUUCUUGGAAGUGGCUCAAGGUCACGAACGUUCUGUCUUGAAACCGGCCAGGAAAACAUUUUUCAACCCUCGUACCUUUGGAGAAGGAGAGAGUGGUGAGUCCGUCUGACGAACUGACAACUGGAUGUAUCAGUCAGCUGACAUGGUCAAUGACUUGUUUACUGACUGGUUAACUAAUACUUUGAACAAACACUAACAAGUCAUCGACACCUUCCCAUCAAAGCGGUGGUUGGUGAAGUGGUUAACUGUCUGACUGUGUUGCAGUGUGUGGAGAGCGCCCCCUGUUUGAAAAGAUCAACAAAAAAGACAACAAAGAGGAUGAGCUGGUGGAGUCGUACCAAAAACGAAUCGUUGGAGGGGACGAUGCUGAGGUUGCCUCAGCACCAUGGUAACCACAAUUCCAACAAUAAAACGUCACCAUAGCAACCACACUCAUGACAGUCACUUGUUUGUUGAGGGGGAAAAAAAUCCAAAAUGUUCCCCAGAUACCCCAGAACCUUCUGAAGUGAUUUUCUGGGUCUUUGAGGUAGUUUAAAGGGAUAUUCCGGCGUAAAAUUAAGUUAGAGUCAAACACACCGUAACACCGAGUUAGACCCCCCUCCAGAGAUGAAUGUUGUCGACCACUUGCCUCUCUAGUGAUAACAACUUUAGUAACGACCGCAGGAUAGCAAUACACAGCAGUCUGAGGAGCCAGAAAUAAACCUCAACCAAAACGCAGCUCAAGGAAGAACAUUUAUGAUCAUUUCUUCAUGGAAAUACAAUCAGACCAAGGAAAUGAUAAAGAAAUGAUCAUAAAUGUUCUUUCUUGAGCUGCGACACCCCGCUGUAGUCCAUAAUGGACUGGCCUGAGGUCUCGCUACAAACAAGCGGCUGCUGGAAGAGAGUAGGUGAGUUGUGUUUAGUCUCUUUGCUAAAGAAAUGAGUCAAAGUUAAAAAGAUGUUUGGUGUCUAGUACUAUGGCUGUGACCCUAUAUGUCCUGUUGAUGAAGUUAGGUGCUGUUCUGAGCAUUAUUUGUGGCUAUAGAGUGGCGUUUUGGUUGAGGGCGUGGCUCUCUGUAUUGCUAUCCUGCGGUUGUUACUAAAGUUGGUAUAACUAGAGAAGCUGGAGGGGGGGUCUAACUCGGUGUUACAGUGUGUUUGACCCUAAAUUAAUUUUACACUGAAAUACCCCUCUUGAUUCUUGAGUUGGUACCUUCUAUCUUUCAGUCUGGAUUGUGUAAUUCAGGCAAAACACUCUCCUGUUUGAGCCGACUGUUUUCCUGUUCUCUCCUCAGGCAGGUGAUGUUGUACAAACGGAAGCCUCAAGAGCUGCUGUGUGGAGCCAGUCUGAUCAGUGAUCAAUGGAUCCUCACUGCCGCUCACUGCAUCCUCUACCCACCUUGGGGCAAGAACUUCACCACAGAUGACAUCCUGGUCCGACUGGGGAAACACUACAGGGGAAAGUGAGACUUUCUCUUUGCAUUCAUGACUGUCCUGAAUCUUUUUCCAUGUUUGAACCAAACUGAUGGGAAUGUUUUCAACGACUUCCAGGUACGAGAAAGGGACUGAGAAGAUCGUAGCGCUCAGUGACAUCAUUGUUCAUCCAAGAUACAACUGGAGGGUAAAUCUGAACCGUGACAUCGCUCUGCUGCAGAUGAGACGGCCAAUCACAUUCACCGACGAGAUCCACCCGGUCUGCCUGCCCUCCAAGAAGGUGGCCAGAACGUAAGGCUGACACACAGAGUCCCUGCCUGUCAGCGGACCGAGUGGAUCGAACCAUCUGAUGGUCCUGUCUUUCUUACAACAGGUUGAUGACUGAAGGGUAUAAGGGUCGAGUGAGCGGCUGGGGGAACCUUCAGGAGACCUGGAACCCCUCACAACGAAGGCUACCAGAUGUCCUUCAACAAAUCCACCUCCCAAUCGUGGAUCAAAGCAUCUGUGAACGGUCUACAUCAGUCAAGAUCACCAACAACAUGUUCUGCGCCGGUAGCAUUCCUGUUUAUACUCAAGUGUCUCAUUCGUCAGUAAAUGGAUAGUUUUAUUGUUUAGAUAUUUUCAUGAUUUCCAAAUAUCUUUCCCACAAACUGUUCAUGAUUCUACAGUUUAGACUUUUAAGGCAAAUGCUUUGUUCUCAGACCAAUGACUCGUAAAAUUAUUCGGCCUUUUUUAGCAUGUUAGCAUUCUGAUGACAUGUUUUUUUGGGCGGCAGGAUAUAAACCAGAGGACGCUCAACGUGGAGAUGCCUGUGAGGGAGACAGCGGUGGACCGUUUGUGAUGAAGGUGAACAGACAAAUCUUUACUCAGCUCAUACAGAGGACAUAAUGAUGAUUUCAAUCAGUUUGAUCAGCAUGUAAAAAACCGCUCACAGGAGCUUUAAAAGAGAAACGUAACUGAAAAAUGAUUUCUUGAAUUUUAAUCCACGCAGUACCCAGAGGAUAACCGCUGGUAUCAGAUGGGCAUUGUGUCAUGGGGUGAAGGCUGUGACCGAGACGGGAAGUACGGCUUCUACACUCACCUGUUCAGGAUGAACAGGUGGAUCCGGAAAGUUAUUGACAAGACGGGAGGGUCAGACGACGACUAGACCCAGCACCUCCUGCCGUCUCUGUCAAGUGAGAUGAUGCCAAUAAAGUUUGUCCACAUCAUACCGAAGA